AUGAUGUCGACUACGGUGCCGGCGAAACGUCUGAGAAUAUACCAAGUCCACUGUCUGAUGCCGGGGGAUUAUGAUAACUACUAUGGCAGAGGACUUGGACAAAGUGCGUUCAACUACGUCCUCCUGACCAACCGAUUACUCAGUGACGAGCGAAAGCUCUCGAAGCAACUAACUGAUGAACUUCAAUCGGCCAGAUCUCAAUUAGCUGAUGAGGAGGCGGAAUUAAUCCGUACUCGAGCUAAACUACAGCAGGAGAUGUAUCUACGCCUUACGAAAGAGGAGAAACAGACGCGUGCACACAAUAGACGAAUAAGUGAGCUGGAGGUCAAACUUACUGAUGCCACCAAGCGACUAGCUGAACCCAGUUUUGGUUCAGCUGACUUGGAAGAGGCUUUAUUGUCACCCAGUCAGGCUGUCGCCUUCUACAACGCGGUAAACCAAGCCACUGCUCAAUUAGCGGCAGCUCGGAAAACGGCAAUUCGUGCCGAGAAGAUGGCUCGAGAAUUGCAGGUAAGAUGUUCCUUUUAA